AUGAUUUUCAAAAGAAAAUAUGAGUUGUUGUAUCUAGGACUCACCCAAAAUGUUCUCCCAAACUCCCGAGCUGCUACAAAACGAAUAAAGCCCACCUACCCACCAUCGAACCCAACCGAUCCCCACGACCCACCCCAUCAUCUCCAUCACCGAUCUGGCGCCGCCCCCUCACCCCCGGGCAGGAAGCUCCACCACCCCCAACCACUGCCGCUGCCGCCGCCCGAAACGCGCCUCCACACCCAAUCGGCGCCGCCACCAUCCCUCGUCGCGGAUUGCGCCGCCAGCACCGUCUCUUGCCCCGGAUCGGGCCGCCUCCAUCGCCCCUUGCCCCUCAUUGCUGCCACCGUCGCUCGUCCCUCCCGGAUCGGGCCGCCUCCACCGUGCCUCGCUGCGGAUCGCGCCGCCAAGUCCGUCCCUUGCCCCAGAUCAGCCAGAUGCCGCUGGCGACAGGCCCCCACAACCUCCAACCCCUGCUACGGCCCACCCCCACCAUCCUCUGUGCUUCUUCCCCGACACCGCAACCAGGGCACCAACCCACCGGUUCCUAUCAUGGCACUGGAGACUCUCAUCCGUGCUUCUUCCCCGCCGCUGCAUCCAAACAUGUCCAACCACCACCGCUGCCCGUGGAAGAAGAGCAUCUACCGCCGCCGCAAGAUCGACUGGAGGUCAGAGAGAUCUGCCAGAGUGGUGGAGACAGGGGUGGAGCUCAGGACUAGGGAGGAGGUGCAUCAUGGUGGCGCUGUAAGAAGGUUGUCCCCAAGAACAGGGCCGGCACGGGGACCUUUUUUGUACUCAAAUGUGUCGAUGCAUUUCUGUGUGUAUGGAUAUUUUACUCCCCGUUGUUUCUUUACAUUCUGUGAUUUCUCUAGAAUUUGUAAUGCAUGAUGACUGUUCAAUGAAUUUUGCAGCAAAAUGUCACAGUGAAAAGCUUUUUUGGUGUUGUGUGAUGAAGAAGACAGAGCACAAAAACAUGAAACAUGGAUGAAGUUCAGAGAUAUAUAUGAUAGGGGUUCAAGGUGAUGUUGUAUGGCGCUAAUUAUCUUAUUCCCCCAACAAAAGGUUCUGAAAGUGUACAAGAAAGAAUGGCGCUGAAAAAUGGGAACCAUGAAUCGAUUAUAUGUUCAUGUGAGAAUGUAUUUUGUCUAUGAACUAAAAAUUAUGAGUUUGUUUUC